AAGCAGAUUUAAUAAUUUCAAUAAUUCUAAAAUAACAUUUUAAGUUUUUUACAUUAGGAACAAUGCCUUAAAGCUGAUGAACCUUGUCCUGAUGGUUAUUAUCCUGAUUACAUUGGUCCUCAGGAAGAGGGCCCAUUGAAAUCUCUAACUGGAAAAUCGAUUUGUCGAAAAUGUCAUCAACGAUGCAAAAAUUGCACAUCUUAUGGCAUUCAUGUUUCUAUGUGUGACUGUUUGCACUACAGUGCAGGAGAACAAUGUGAAGAUAGAUGUCCAAGAGAUCAUUUUGCAGAUGAAGCAAAUCAUCAAUGUGUAAAAUGUGCAGAAGAAUGUAGAGGCUGUUAUGGGCCUACUACAGUAGAAUGUAUAGCAUGCAGAAAUUAUCGCAUAUAUAUUGGACAAAAUCUUUCAAUGUUUAAUUGUACUGCAUCCUGUCCAUCUGAUAAGCCAUAUAAGAAAUUUGAUGAGAAUACUGAAGAUCCGUAUUGUACUGAUGUUGAUCCUUCAUAUUUUGCAGUACAUGGAAUGGAUGAAAACCACAUUCCCGCUAUUUUGGGAGGUGUUGUAGGAUGCUUAUUACUUUUUGGUGGAUUCUUAGCAUUUUUCAGUUACCAGUGGUUGCAAAGAGCAAAAACCAAAGAAAAUACAAUGAAAAUGACAAUGAGAAUGACUGGCUUUGAAGAUAAUGAACCAUUGAAACCAUCCAACAUUAAACCAAAUUUGGCAAAAUUAAGGAUUGUGAAAGAAGCUGAAUUAAGAAAAGGAGGAAUUUUAGGAUAUGGAGCAUUUGGUACUGUUCAUAAAGGGGUUUGGGUUCCUGAAGGUGAAAAUGUCAAAAUACCAGUAGCUAUUAAAGUUUUACGAGAAGGAACUUGCCCUAAUACUAAUAAAGAAUUUUUAGAGGAGGCUUAUAUAAUGGCUAGUGUCGAUCAUCCGAACUUGCUUAAAUUAUUAGCUGUUUGCAUGGCAUCACAAUUAAUGUUGGUAACACAAUUAAUGCCUCUUGGUUGUCUUCUUGAUUAUGUACGUAACAAUAAGGAUAAAACUGGUUCAAAACCAUUGUUAAACUGGUGUGCUCAAAUAGCAAGAGGAAUGGCUUACCUGGAAGAGAGGCGAAUGGUUCAUCGAGAUCUUGCAUUGAGGAAUGUCUUGUUGCAAACACCUGGAUGUGUUAAAAUAACUGAUUUUGGUUUAGCUAAGUUAUUAGACAUUAAUGAAGAUGAAUAUAAAGCAGCUGGUGGGAAGAUGCCCAUAAAGUGGUUGGCAUUAGAAUGUAUUCAACAUCGUAUAUUCACACACAAAAGUGAUGUUUGGGCUUUUGGUGUGACUGUUUGGGAAUUGCUUACCUAUGGAGGUCGACCAUAUGAAAAUAUUUCAGCACGUGAAGUUCCUGAUCUUUUAGAAAAGGGAGAACGCUUACCACAGCCACCUAUUUGUACUAUUGAUGUUUAUAUGAUUAUGAUCAAAUGUAAGUUUUUAAACAUUUAGAUGUUAAUAACAUCC